AUGAGGAGCACAAACUCGCAACCCCAACCUACCGCGGGUACGGCGCGCGACGCCCAUUGGGACACGAGGCCAAUUCAUGACCCUGUUACAGCUUCUUGGAACCUACGCAUAUCGCAAUCAGAUUCACAAAAGAUGAUCCAUGGCUUUAUCCCCAAGGAAAUGGAGGACAAGUGGUUGUGCUACUCUACUACACCAGAUAAUGCCCAGGGCAUUACAGUCGUUCAUCUGUGUCGCAGCUGGGGCAAGACGGAGCAAAUAGCACUAAAAGUCCAACAAGCAGAUGCUAUAAAUGAUGCAAGUGGUUCAAGCCAAACCUGGAUUAUUCUAGACAUUACGUGGGAAAGACGAGUAGGAGAGCAAGACCUAGGGGAACAAGAGGCCAAGGAGGAUGCCAUUCGUGUUUGUAAUUAUAUUCUGGACUGUGCGCUACCAGAAGAUGAACCUGAGUCUUACUUGCCUGCUAAGUAA